AUGAAGUACCAUUUUGAUGAACAUGAUGAAAUCUAUCCAUGUCUCUAUGCCAUUAGAAGUCACAGGGAAUCCAGGGAUCAUGAAAUUCCUGCCAAAGAUUCAGUGACUUAUCUGAUACAAGGGACAUCAUCAAAUAUGGAUUUAUCCAGGAUUCAGUUCAACAAUGCUACUGAAGUCACAAUGUUUAUAUUUUUAGGCUUCACAGAUGAUUUCUACCUGCAAGUUUUCCUAUUUUUACUAUUUCUUGGCAUCUACCUUUUUACUUUGAUAGGAAAUUUGGGACUGGUUGUAUUGGUCAUUGAGGAUUCCAGGCUCCACAACCCCAUGUACUACUUUCUGAGUGUCUUAUCAUUCUUGGAUGCCUGCUAUUCCACUGUUGUCACCCCAAAUAUGUUGGUCAAUUUCCUGGCAAAGAAAAAAUCCAUUUCACUUUUUGUAUGUGAAACACAAAUGUUUCUCUUUGUUACUUUUGGGACCACGGAAUGCUUUCUCUUGGCUGCCAUGGCUUAUGAUCGCUAUGUGGCCAUCUACAACCCACUUCUGUAUUCAGUGAGCAUGUCACCCAGGGUCUAUGUGCCGCUCAUCAUUGCUUCCUAUGUUGGUGGCAUUUCCCAUGCUACUAUACACACAGUGGCCACUUUCAGCCUAUCAUUCUGUGGGUCCAAUGAAAUCAGACAUGUUUUCUGUGAUAUCCCUCCUCUCCUUGCUAUUUCUUGUUCUGAUACUCACACCAACCAGCUUCUCCUCUUCUACUUUGUGGGCUCUAUUGAGAUAGUCACUAUCCUGAUUGUCCUGGUCUCCUAUGGCUUCAUCCUGUUGGCCAUUCUGAAGAUGCAUUCUGCCGAAGGGAGGAGGAAAGUGUUCUCUACCUGUGGCUCCCACCUGACUGGAGUGUCCAUUUAUCAUGGGACCAUCCUCUUCACGUAUGUGAGACCAAGUUCCAGCUAUGCCUUGGAUCAUGAUAUGAUAGUAUCAACAUUUUACACCAUUGUGAUUCCCAUGUUGAAUCCCAUUAUAUACAGCUUGAGAAACAAAGAUGUAAAAGAGGCAAUGAAAAAAUUACUUGAGAGAAAUUUGUUCAAAAAUAAAGUACAU